AUGCCUAGGGGACGUGGGUUCUGGCAUCAUGAUCCCUACUACCGCCAGGGGUAUCAGUAUGGCCGUGGUUCGGGAAGAGAUAGAUCAUCCCAUAGACACAGCGCCUCCCCCCGUCUCGAGGGUGAGCCCCGCAGAGAGCGACGCCAUACUUCUCCGCGAAGGAAUGAGCCACACUCUAGGGAGGCUAGAGCUUCCAUCCCUUCCCCAGUGACACAAGCGGAAGAUCGAAACAGGGAUGUAACGUCAAUGGCCGCUUCCUUGGUCGAUUUGUUGGGAAGGCUGACACCAGGAUCUAUCACUGGCGAUAUUAGAGAUCAUAUUCGCCCAAAUCUACAGAGCCCCACUCCUGCACCCUCCACUUCAGGAGGAGAUACCGUGAUGUUAACAGUGGGUGGUACACAGGAUGUCUUGGAAAUCCCAAAAGACUUGACACCCAAAGAAUCCCCCCUAUGGGGCAAGGAUUUAAGCAACAAACCUGGACCCCAAGUGUACGGAACUGGAGAAACAUUCAAGUCAAGAGAAUUUGUGAGCUCCACAGAUUCUACCUCUAGUUCAUCAUCAACUGAUGAAUAUGAAAGUGAUAAAAGUGAUCACAGAAGUUCCCAAUCCAUGGGACAGAAAGACAAAGUGGACAAACAGACAUUCAAGAGUCGAGAUGGAGAACCUUCAAAAGGGGAUAAGACCGCAAAACAAACCAAAGAUAAAAAGGAAACCAUAAAACAAUCCAAACCUCAAAAAGAAACCAUCAAACCACCUAAAGAUCAAAAAGAAACAAUCAAACCUCAGAAAGAUCAAAAGGAAACAAAGUCGGUUAGAAAGGAUAAGUCUAAAGAUGAACUUGCCAUUAAACUAAAACGAGUAGAUGAAGGGGAUACCAAAUUUAGAACAACAGAAUACCAAAAGGAGGAAACCACUACCAACGAAAUUCCAAGGGGUCGAAAAGGAGUAGAAGUGGCUAGAAAAGAUUCUAGUCCUGAUGGGCCCCCAGAAAAAAAAGUCAAAAGGGAUCAAACCGAAAAAGAAUCGGCCAAGAAGGAAGCUCCCAAGAAAGUUCAUUGGCAAGAAAUUCCCUUAGGAAAGAAGGGAACUGAUAAAGAGACAGUCACUAACAAAAAUCAAGAACCGACUGAACGUAAGUUGUCGGAAAGAGAGGUGGAAGAUACCGCCACAGUUACUGAUGGGGUUGAUGAUACACCCCUCCCAGUUAAGUUGGAAGUGCGCUUCAAAUAUCUAAGACCAAACGGUCAGGUUGUUGAAGACUUAACCCUAGUCAGUAGGUACACUCCUCAGGAGAUGUAAUUAGCACUGUGUGGAAAGAAAGAUAUAUUUUUACAUUAUUUAAGACGUUUGUAAGUUAUUUGUUAAGACAGUAGCUAGAAAGACAUUUGUUAAAGUUCUGCAAAAGUUUAUUAAAAGUGGAAUUUAUACUCAAGGAACAAUGAGUGUAUAGAUGAACAAGAUUGUGAUUUUUAUAAGGAGUGAAAUUAAUGAGGAUAGUGUACUCAGUGAAAAACUCAGUGGACAAUGAGUGCAUGGGUAGAAAAUAUAGUAAUUGUAUAAAGAGUGCCAUUAAUAAGGACAGUAUACUCAGUGAACAAUGAGUGCAUAAACGAAAAGGAUAAUAAUUUUUACAAUCAAUGUGAUUAAUGAGGAUACUCAGUGAAAAACUCGAGAAACAAUGAGUGCAAUUAAUAAGGACAGUAUACUCAGUGAACAAUGAGUGCGUAGAUGAAAAGGAUUGUAAUUUUUAAUGAGUGCGAUUAAUAAGGAGAGUAUACUCCGUGAAAAAGAAACUCAGUGGAUAAUAAGUGCAUAAAUGAAGAAGAUUGUGAUCUUUAUAAGGAGUUAAAUUAAUGAGGAAAGUACACUCAAUGAACAACUCAGUGAACAAUGAGUACAAUUGGUGAGGAAACUAUACUCUGUGGAUAACUCUGUGAACAAUGAGUGCAUAGCUGGAAAAGAUUGUACUUGUUAUGAGUGAAAUUAAUAAGG